AUUUCGAUUUGCGUCUUCCAAUUGCGGUGGUGAACAAAAAGAAAGUCACACCCUCGACUCUACCUCCCUACCCAGCCACUUUAAAAUAGCAAAUAUGUUGAGAAUCCUAAGCCGGGAGAGAAAAACCUCCACCGCAACAAUGGUUGUCGCCGGGUCUAACCCUUCUGAAUCAGUUGACGAGUACGACGUCGUUGUGGAUGAUUUGUCCGAGGCGUGGGAGUUCGUCAACGCAACCUCAUCCGACGAUGAUGAAGAGGACUUGGAUGAUUUCUCCUUCAGCGAAGAAGAAGAAGAAGACGCCACGCCCCGUGAGGUCUCCUCUGGGCCCAGCAAAGAAGAGGGACCACUCGAGUUGGGAUCCCCAUCUUCUGACAUCUCCAUGGAUUCCUUCUCGGCCCAACUCCAUCUUAAUCACGAUGAUGGUCGUGGUGUUGACGACGGUGAUGCUGGCGAUGAAUAUGACAAUUAUAAGAACGAUGAUGAUGGCGAUGAAUAUGAUGAUGGGUAUGAUUUGGAUGACGAAUUGGUGCCAUGGGGAUUGAGUGAUAAGUUCGGGAGACAGAGGAUACGGAAGUUGGGGAAAAGGGUUGGUCCAAAGUUGAACAAGGCCAAGAGGUUAGCCUAUCGUUACAAUCGCCCAGGCUGUGUUCAUGGCAAGCAUGGCUUUGGGGUGCAGCACUGUUACAUUUAGUAAAUACAUGUAUAUUUGCUCCUAUCUAUGAUUUUUGGAGGUAAUUUGACUGCAGAUAUGUUUGGGGUGGGAUGAUUGUUUAUCUAACUCUGUAAAUAAGUAGGACCAGUUGGACUGCUUUCAUUUCUGCUGGUGUUUAUUAAACUUUCUUAUCUUUUACUAAAUCUUAUGUGGCCAUCUGGAUUUUAUGAUUGUAGGCAUGAUUAUUUUAAUGCAUUUUAAUUAUGAGA